AUGACCGUGUACCUCGUGACGGGCGGCAACCGGGGCAUCGGCUACGACACAGUGCGCCUGCUCUCAGAGCGCGACCCGGCUGGCACCGUGCUCCUCGGGUGCCGCUGCGCGGACGCUGGCGCCGACGCCAUCGCACGCAUGCAAGUCGAGAACCCGGCGUGCACCUACAGCAACAUCGCCACGGUCCUCAUUGACGUGACGAGCGCGGCGUCCAUCUUGGCAGCAGUCGCGCUCGUUGAAGCUCGGCACGGACACCUCGACGUCCUCAUCAACAAUGCUGGCAUCCUCGGCUGUCCAGAAGAGGGCGGCCCCGAGAUGUGCUUCCGCGUCAACGUCUUUGGCGUGUACAACACGACCGAAGCCUUCUCGUCCAUCAUGAUUCCAGGGCAGGCCAAGGUCAUUGUGCUCUCGACGGAAAUGGUCGCCUGGACUUGCUACGAAAUGCCGUCGGCGCUGCAAGCGCUCUUCCUCUCCGACCAAGACAUGACGAUCGAGCGCGUCAAGCAGCUCUGCGACGACUGGCUCCACGGUGACGGCGCCGCCUUCGCGUGGCCCGCGCCGUCGACGACGUAUGGCCCGUACGUCAUUGCGAACGCCCUCACGCUGGCCAUGAUGCGCACGUGGGCGCACGGGAAUCAGAAAGGCGUCCAUACCGUCCUCGUCUGCCCCGGCAAUUGCUCGACCGACAUGACGCACUACCACGGGUGUCGGACGUCGACGCAAGGCGCCGAGAGCGUCCUGUUUCCCGUAUUUCACGCCACCGAGAAUGGCGGCUUGUACUAUAACGGUGUGCCACUGUCCUUGUGCGCACCGCGCCCGCAGUAG